AUGGGAACCAGAGGAAUUAUUGGAGAUAAAUGGUCUCAAAGAAUAUUGUGGUUAUGUGCGAUUGGAAGUGCAAUGAGUAAUUGCCUAGACUUGUUUUCCCUCUUUAUUUAGUAUAGAUUUUUAGUAUAGAUGCAGGCACCGUGUUCAGUGGAGAACACAAUACCUGCCACAUUUUAUCUCUUUACCAUCUGUCCAAUCUUGCAUAGGCCUCUAUAUGGUCGCUGUUGAAAGGCAAGCACAGAACAGGCAGCGGGCAAUGGCUGAGGGCUUGAUGGAGGCAGGUGCAAGCCAAACUGCUGGUGAGGAAGUUUAG